AUAAGAUAAUUCAGUUAGAUAAUCAAAGCCAUGGCUACCUCUCUUGGAGCUCCAAAACUCUCCUUUUCGCCUUCAACACUCCAUACACUCUGCAAGAAAUUCCCAAUCUCUCCCCAUCUCAAACCCUACUCACUAGAUUUUAAUCCCUUCCCUUUCAAGUCUCUCAAAUUCUCUACAAAUCGGCAUCUCUUUUGCCCGUAUCGGCGCUUCGUCGCCCGUGCGGAAUCCGUCAAUGGGGCGGAGCCCCUGCACUUCGAUUUCGAUCUCUUCACCAUCGGUGCUGGCAGCGGUGGCGUCCGUGCUUCACGUUUUGCGGCAAAUUACGGUUUCUCGGUCGCCGUCUGCGAGCUUCCGUUCGCCACGGUGUCUUCUGAGAGUGCCGGUGGCAUUGGUGGAACUUGUGUACUUCGGGGAUGUGUGCCGAAGAAGCUACUUGUUUAUUCAUCCAAAUAUACCCACGAUUUUGAAGAGAGUCGAGGCUUUGGAUGGAGCUACGAAGCCGAGCCUAAGCAUGACUGGAGCACUCUGAUGGCCAACAAGAAUGCUGAGUUGCAGCGCCUGACUGGGAUUUACAAGAAUAUUUUGAAAAACGCUGGUGUAACAUUACUUGAAGGUCGUGGAAAGAUUGUGGAUCCACAUACUGUCGAUGUCGACGGGAAACUAUACACUGCAAGACACAUACUCAUUUCAGUUGGUGGACGACCUUUCAUUCCUGACAUUCCUGGAAAUGAGUAUGCAAUUGACUCUGAUGCUGCCCUGGAUUUGCCCUCGAAACCUGAUAAGAUUGCGAUAGUAGGGGGUGGGUAUAUUGCUGUGGAGUUCGCAGGUAUUUUCAAUGGACUGAGGAGUGAAGUUCAUGUAUUUAUUCGGCAGAAAAAGGUUUUGAGAGGCUUUGAUGAGGAGAUUAGAGAUUUUGUAGGUGAGCAGAUGUCUCUAAGCGGAAUUGAGUUUCACACUGAGGAAACUCCUCAAGCUAUCCAAAAAUCAGCAGAUGGUUUGCUGUCACUGAAGACGAACAAAGGAACUAUUGAUGGUUUCUCACAUGUCAUGUUUGCCACAGGGCGUAGACCAAACACAAAGAACUUGGGAUUGGGGGCUGUCGGGGUCAAAAUGUCAAAGACUGGCGCAGUAGAGGUCAAUGAAUACUCACAGACAUCAGUUGAUUCCAUUUGGGCUGUUGGUGACGUUACGGACAGGAUAAAUUUGACUCCAGUUGCAUUGAUGGAAGGAGGAGCAUUUGCAAAAACCGUCUUUGGCAAUGAACCGACAAAACCAGAUUACAGAUCUGUACCUUCAGCUGUGUUUUCACAACCGCCGAUAGGACAAGUUGGUCUUACUGAAGAACAGGCAAUCCAACAAUAUGGUGACAUUGAUGUCUACACGGCGAACUUCAGGCCUCUGAAGGCCACACUUUCUGGGCUCCCUGAUCGGGUCCUGAUGAAAGUUAUUGUAUGUGCAAACACAAACAGAGUUCUAGGGGUACACAUGUGUGGAGAUGACUCACCAGAGAUUAUUCAGGGUAUUGCAAUUGCUGUGAAAGCUGGAUUGACUAAGGCAGAUUUUGAUUCCACGGUUGGCAUUCACCCUACAUCUGCGGAGGAGUUUGUUACAAUGAGGACUCCAACUCGGAAAAUUCGAAAGGAUGCUCAGUCUGAGGGAAAGUCCAAUGCUGAAAAAGCAACAACAGGAGUCUAGCAUUCCACCUAAGAGGUUGUCCAUUUUCUGACCAUGUACUGAAUAAGGCAAGCAGCAGACUCGUGCACAAGGAAGCAUUCAUUUGGGUGGAGUCUUUUGAGCAUGAACUCGAGUAGUUCCCUUUCAACAUACACAAGUAAAAUGUAUAUUUCCAUAGCUUCAGGUUUAGAAUGAGCUUAAUUAAUGAUUAUAGGCCUUGGGGUUGUGUUCAUUAGAGGACAGCCAUCAUAGAGAAGUUCCGUCAUUUUUAUUCUUCUUUUUUGAUAAAUCUGUUAUAGGAAGUGAGACUUUCAAUGAGCAUAUAUCAUUGUUGA